AUGGGGUUCGUCGUGCGAGCUCUCCAACGCGCAAAGCCCACCUUCCAAUCCCAUCUCUCUCGCGUCUCUAGGGUUUCGCAGAGCCCAGUUCAUUCUCCUCUGCGAUGGAUCUCCUCUACGGUGGACCUCCAGAAGCCGGAGGCGGCGGCGGUGGCUGCCCCAGAGCCUGCCUACGAGAUCCACCCAAGGAAGCCCGUGGGCGGGGCGAGGGUGGAGAUCUCCAACCCCGAGGACGUGAUUGAGGUCUUCGUCGACGGGCAUGCUGUCAAAAUCCCAAAGGGGAUGACCGUUCUCCAGGCCUGCGAGGUGGCUGGGGUAGACAUUCCUCGGUUCUGCUACCACAGCCGCCUCUCCAUAGCCGGAAACUGCCGAAUGUGCCUCGUGGAGGUGGAGAAGUCCCCGAAGCCAGUCGCCUCCUGCGCCAUGCCUGCCCUUCCAGGUUAAGAUUCGGAUGUAUUUCGAUUGAAUAUCGUGAAAGGUUAAUCCUGCAUCCCGCUCUCAAUUUUUCGAAUUUACUAAUGACCUGCAGGGAUGAAGAUUAAGACGGAUACACCCGUGGCGAAGAAAGCAAGGGAGGGGGUGAUGGAAUUCUUGCUGAUGAACCAUCCUUUGGAUUGCCCAAUCUGUGACCAGGGUGGGGAAUGCGAUCUUCAGGACCAAUCAAUGGCAUUUGGAUCAGACCGUGGACGUUUCACAGAGGUGAAGAGGUCGGUUGUCGACAAGAACCUUGGACCACUGGUGAAGACGGUGAUGACCCGAUGCAUCCAAUGCACAAGGUGACGCCUUUCUUGACACCUGCGGUACCGGCAAUUGAAUUUUUUCUUAAUGGACUUAUGGGAAUGGAGCGCUGCAAAUUACUUAACAAGAAGCAUAACACAAUAUAAAUCACUGAAGAACAAACAUGGCGCAUUUCAUAUGAAGUUUCAGAUCAAAGAUUUCUACAUGACGCAAAAAAUCUCAGCGAGAAUUUUCUAAUUUAUGAAACGAAAUCACUCAUGUACAGAUACACUGUCGGAGGGCAAAACCUUUUUAAAUAUAGUGUGAAGUCCUCUCUCACUGAGGCCGAUACUAGUAAAACCCAAUGUUCUGAAGGUUGCAUCCAAUGAUCAAGCUUCACCCUCUCCAGCUAGUUCUUGCUAUUUCUUUUCUUAAUGACUUUCAUUCGAAGCCAUCAGCUUGUCCUCAACUUGCCUUUCAAAGAUCACUGUGAUUCCAAAUUUGCUUUAGAAAGCAAAGAAUAAGAUGGGGUUUUCUUCUAGGGUUCUAACGGAAAUCAAAAUAUCCAUGCAAUGUAUCGAACUGUUAGGAAAGGAAGGAAAUUAAUUACAAUUUAGUAGAUCUUCCAAAUCUGUUUAUAUGUUGGAUGGAGUCUGGGAAGAUCUCAAUGAGAAGUCCUUACUCUAGUUAUGCUUAUGUUAAUUUACUGAAAUUCGUUGUUUUCUAGCUCAUAUUACAGCACACAUAUCUAUUCAUUUCUCUCUAGUUUUAUCGACAGUUAUGAUGCCUUUUUAUUUUUUACGUUUUUAUUUAUUCUUCUAAAAUUAUAAACUUAGAUAAUAGUUUGAGGCUUAUUCUUGCAUGUUUGUUAUUUUUAUUUCUAAACACUUUUCCACUCUUGAAAAAUUCUGGAAAUCAUGCAACAUGAAGACAGAAUAAUCAAAACUUUAUGAGAGAAUUGACUACCUUAUUUGGACAACUUGAAAUCUAUGGCCUUCGAGAUCAUGUAAUCUAUGGCCAUGCUGUUGGUGUUCAGAGUCCUACACUGUACUAAGUGUGGCCUUGGGGCUGUUGUGUUAUUAUAUGUUGCACUGCUCUUCCUUGUUUCGCACAAGGGGAUUUUUCGAUCGGAUCUGCUGUGGUUGAACAUAGCUUCAUUUACAAAGUCUUAGAUCUUAAAAUUUAUAAUAGGUGACCACUAUACAGUCAAGUUGUGGUUGUGUUCUCAAGAAUAGUGUGGUUUAACUCAUUUGGUCAUUUCUUCCACCAUAAAUAUGCAUCAUGACUAUGGGUUCGUUUAUUUCAGUUAUCGUUGCCUUAAUUUUCAACGAAAUAUAACAGAAUUUUUAUGCUUUCAUUUCAGCCAUUGAAGCCAUAGUUAUUUGCAAAUUCCUACUGAUUUUUAUGAGUGAAAACCAAUUUUUUUAUGUAGAUUAUUUUCUGCUCUUUCAUUUUGACAGUUAUCUAUUGCUUUUCGGGUUAAGCAAGAAUGAUCUAAUGUCUGUACUGCCCAACAUAGGCAUGAUCACAUCUUACAGGAGAAGCCAUUUUCAUUUGCAAAUGAAGCUAUAGGAACAGUUAUCUAUGAGCGACCUGUGGUAUUUAUUUCCUUGUUAUAUGAGGGAAGGACCAAUAUUGAAGAGAAUAAUCCCUUGUCAAAGCUUGCAGGACUCGAAAAUGUUUUGAAAGACAAAUUCAUGAUUGAGGAACAUGGAUCUUAAUGAGACAAGGGGUAUGGCUUGAGGCGAGAGUCAAGCAUUAUAUUAGUUUGCUUAUGUUGUGUUUAGGGGGCUGCAACAGAAGCUAUAGGAAGCAUAGGUUUUAUUCUCGUAACUACCGGGCAAUGAAAUGGUUAGAGAUGGACCAAGGAGUAUCUGCCCCGUGUUUUCUUUGCUUCGCCGCUUCAAUUGUCCUUAGCAUCCCAAAAUGAAAGGAAAUGAAAACAUUAUUGAGUUCUCAUGGAAUGUAGGAAUCAAGUUUUUUAAAAUUCCACGGCAAGGAUGCUAAUUCCCGGAAAUCGGAGUUGACAAAGAUUUACUGACGCUUUCAAAUAUUUGGAGCAUUACUAUAAGAAAUGUUCAAUGAAUCUACACGAUAAACAAAAAAUGGUAUAAUAUGAUUGUUAUUAAGCAUUACUGUGAUCCCUCCACCAUAUGUGUUAUUGUGUUUCAGGGGCUUUGUUGUCAUUGAUCAUAAGUCUCCUAAAUGUUGGAAAUUAUGUAUCAUCCCCUCAACAUCACUUUGGCAUAUUUGCAUGGGCAGGAUUAACUGAGAAGUGCUCUCUUUCAAUCUAUAAUCCUCUUAUAAUGUUGAGUCGCAAGUUUCUUUCAACUGAUAUAAUUAUAUUUCUCGCCUCAGCAGCCACCUUUUUCUCAUGACUCGUGUGAACUGUAGUAACAUGUUCGUUUGGUAGAUGUGUGCUAUGCUAUUUAUUACGCAAUCCAAAUUUUUGAAACAGGUGUGUUAGAUUUGCUACUGAGGUUGCUGGCGUCCAAGACCUUGGCAUCUUAGGUCGUGGUAGUGGAGAAGAAAUCGGAACAUAUGUUGAAAAGCUGAUGACUAGUGAACUUUCGGGAAAUGUGAUAGAUAUAUGCCCUGUUGGCGCUCUCACCUCGAAGCCAUUUGCUUUUAAGGCGAGAAACUGGGAACUCAAAGGCACUGAGACCAUUGAUGUCACGGAUGCUGUGGGAUCGAACAUAAGAAUCGAUAGUAGAGGUCCAGAAGUCAUGCGCAUUCUUCCACGGUUGAAUGAGGUAUCUUCUUUCCUUUGUCCCUGGUAUCUUAUCCUCUACUGAUUCAGCGGUUGAUUUCCAUUAUUUGCUCACAGCUUUUUUAGCAUCACCAUGUUCUUUACAUGAUGCUGGUUAAAUGUCUAGGAUAUUUCCUUUUUUUUUUUUAAAGGGGGUGAAAAAGGAAGUCUGACUUUAUGUAAGUGAGGCCGCAAUAUUUCAUAGUAAUUUAAUUCUGUGUGAGCCACAUACAUGACAGAGUUAUAUUAUUAAAAAAUCAUUUUGGUUUUUUUUUUUUGUUUUCUUCGGGAGGAAUUCCAGGUUCUGUUUCUUUUUCAUCUAUUUGGGGUGCAAUUAUUUUUGCUGUGCUCAUCCAGAAACAUGCAGCCUCGGCCUUCUGUUAUUCAGAACUUUUCAAAAAAAAUUGAAACUAAUUUGUGUUUCUUAUUUUGGUUGGCAUGAAUUUUGGGGAUUAUAUAUCUGUAAAUGUAAGUAAUAACAUUUGGGAUGAGAUGAUCUUUCCCAUUGUUCUGGAUGUUCACGGAAUUUAGAAAAAAGGGAAAGUCAACGAGCUAUCAGGUAUUAUAACAAGCAGAUAGCGAUUUUCUUUCUAUUAAUGGGACAGUAGUCUGAUGAACAGAGAUCUCUCCAUUUAUCGUUGAAUUUUUUUUUCUUAGUCCUUUGCCAUAAUAUUGUGCAGGACAUUAACGAGGAGUGGAUAUCAGAUAAGACUCGCUUCUUCUAUGACGGCCUGAAAAGGCAGAGACUCAACGACCCAAUGAUCCGUGGGCCGGAUGGGCGAUUUAAAUCUGUCAGCUGGCGCGAUGCCCUGGCCAUUGUGGCAGAGGUUGCCCAGCAAGUAAAGUCUGAGGAGAUCGUUGGAAUUGCCGGGCAGCUAUCAGAUGCCGAGUCCAUGAUGGCGCUCAAGGAUUUCCUGAAUAGGAUGGGAUCCAACAACGUUCUGUGUGAAGGAAAUGGCUCGGCUCAGGCCGACCUUCGCUCAAGCUAUCUCUUGAACACAAGCAUUUCUGGCCUCGAGCGUGCUGAUGCCUUCCUCAUCGUCGGCAGCCAGGUAGAUCCUGUUCUUCCUCCUCGCUUCCAUUCCAUCUGCCUUUUCGAUUUUAAUUCUCAGUGGGCUCCUAAUGCUCGCUAUUAAGUUCAUGACGAAAAUAAAUAACAAAAUAAAUAACAAAAUAAAUAAUUAAAUAAAUAUCUACCUUAUGGAUUUCUGCCAGCAUGUUGUUGUGUUUGGUACACAGAUCAGAUCACAUACCUACGGGGGUGGGUUUUUUUUUUCUCUUGUGAAAUUCCCUGGAUUAGUACAUGAGGAACAUUUUUUCUGGGAAAUCCCAUGUGAAAUCAUUCCUUCCAGGGUUACAUGCCACACAGAUACAUUUCUUCCAUUGCUGCCAGUGCUGAAGCUGGCAGGAAAACAAGGAAGCUGACUUCUUCCAUUAAAAGGGUUUUAAACAGAUGGGUCAAUUAGUUAUCAGAAAUUCAGUCCUUCAUUUAUGAGCAUUUAUUGCGUUUCUGUCUUUUUUUUCUAGAAAUUUUCUAAUAAUUGUUAUGCUUCUUUACCAUGCCCAGAAUAUGCCUGAUAUAUCGAUUUGCAUGUUAAAUUCUAACGUGGUAUGUGGAAUAUUUUCUGAGAUGGGCUAAAAUUAUUAUGUCACUAACCUUGCAGAAAUAUUUGUAUAAUUAGUAUUUAAUUGUGGUGAUUGAUGCACCUGAAAUAAUUAAACAUCUUUCGGCAGCCGCGGGUGGAAGCCCCAAUGGUCAACGCCAGGAUCAGGAAGGCUGUCCGGGCGGCGAAGGCCAAAGUUGGGUACAUUGGCCCUCCGGCUGACCUCAACUAUGACUACCAGCACCUCGGGACCGGGCCGAAGACCCUCCUCGAGAUCGCCGAGGGCCGCCACCCCUUCUGCUCGGCCCUCCUCUCCGCGAAGAACCCCGCCAUCAUCCUCGGUGCUGGCGUCUUCCAGCGCAGUGACAAAGAUGCCAUCUUCGCCGCCGCCGAGGCUGUUGCUCGGCACGGCAACCUCGUGCGGCCCGGCUGGAACGGCUUCAACGUCCUGCUGCUGAGCGCUGCCCAGGCCGCCGCCCUCGACCUCGGCCUCGUCCCCGAGCCCGGCUUCAAGCUGGGCGCCGCCAAGUUCCUGUACCUGAUGGGGGCCGACGACGUGGGCCUGGAGGAGCUCCCCGAGGAUGCCUUCGUGGUCUACCAGGGCCACCAUGGCGACAAGGGCGUCUACCGGGCCAACCUGAUCCUGCCUUCAUCGGCAUUCAGCGAGAAGGAGGGUACGUAUGAGAACACCGAGGGCUGCGCACAGUGGACGGCUCCGGCGGUACCGACGGUCGGCGAUGCCAGGGACGAUUGGAAGAUCGUCCGGGCGUUGUCGGAGGUGGCGGGCGUUGGGCUGCCGUAUGACACGCUCGAGGCCGUGCGGGCUCGCAUGGAGACGGUGGCGCCAAAUCUGCUGCGGGUGGAUGAGAGGGAGGAAGCCACGUCCUUCAUUGGCCUGACCCCGGAGCGUCCGCAGGUGAUGAACUUCGCGCCGUUUGGGAACGCCGUCGAGAACUUCUACAUGACCGACUCGAUCACCCGGGCGUCGAAGAUCAUGGCGCAGUGCAGUGCCGCGUUGCAAAAGGAGAAGUGA